UUUUUCCACUCAGCAGGAUGGGCGAUGCUGAGCGCUCCCUCCUCAGACGAGAGACACGAGAGGUCAGGAAGAAAGCGCUUAUAAAUUACCCUUUCCUCCUCCUCGCUACUCUCCUGCGCCGACAGCCCCGCCAGCCACCCAGACCCGCAGACCCAGCCACAGGAGGCACCAGCGCCACCCCGGGCCCUGACUCCUCCUCAGCCCCUGGGCAGCACGCGCCUCCAGACCCCCGACGACGAGGAGCACAGGCGGCGGCAGCAGCAGCAGCAGCAGCUGGAGGGGACCCUGCCACAGGAAGAGAAAAUCCAUUCUGGAGAGACUCUUCUUCAUCGCCUCACCCUAUGGAGGAACCAGCACUGCCCAUCCACAUUGAGGAGGGGACAGACGUUCCAACUGAAAACAAAAACAUGGCAACAAAGGAGAAACUCCAGUGUUUGAAAGAUUUCCACAAGGACAUUCUUAAACCUUCCCCUGGCAAGAGCCCUGGGACAAGGCCUGAGGAUGAGGCAGAAGGGAAGCCUCCACAACGUGAAAAGUGGGCCAGCAAGAUUGACUUUCUCUUGUCUGUGGCUGGAGGAUUUAUUGGAUUAGGCAACGUCUGGCGAUUUCCGUAUCUCUGCUAUAAAAAUGGCGGAGGUGCAUUUCUCAUACCUUAUUUCAUUUUUCUGUUUGGGGGAGGUCUUCCUGUGUUUUUCCUGGAGGUGGCACUUGGACAAUACACCUCUGAAGGCGGAAUUACAUGCUGGGAAAAGAUCUGCCCUAUUUUCACCGGAAUAGGUUAUGCUUCCAUAGUGAUUGUGUCACUUCUGAAUGUGUAUUACAUCGUCAUCCUGGCUUGGGGACUGUACUAUCUGUUCCAUUCUUUUACAAGUGUCCUGCCUUGGGCUUACUGUCAUCAAAAGUGGAACACAGAAAACUGUGUGGAAGACAUUGUCCGGAAGAACAAAACAGUCUUGAUGUCACUGAAUACCACUAAUUUCACAUCUCCUGUCACAGAGUUUUGGGAGCACAAUGUAUUGAGCUUGUCUUCAGGAAUUGAUGAGCCUGGUGUGCUAAAAUGGGACCUGGCUCUUUGCCUCCUCCUCAUUUGGAUUAUAUGUUUCUUUUGCAUUUGGAAAGGUGUGAAGUCCACAGGGAAAGUUGUGUACAUAACAGCAACUUUUCCAUUCGUCAUGCUUAUUGUGCUAUUAAUUCGUGGUGUCACUUUACCUGGAGCUGCAGAAGGCAUCAAAUUUUAUCUUUACCCUGACAUCACUCGUCUGUCAGAUCCACAGGUCUGGAUAGAUGCUGGCACACAGAUCUUCUUUUCCUAUGCAAUCUGCUUAGGUGCAAUGACUUCCUUGGGGAGCUACAAUAAAUACAAAUACAACUGCUAUAGGGACUGUUUGCUGCUGGGAUGCCUGAACAGUGGUACCAGUUUUGUGUCUGGCUUCGCAAUUUUUUCCGUCCUGGGCUUCAUGGCACAAGAGCAAGGGGUGGACAUUGCUGAUGUGGCAGAGUCAGGUCCGGGCUUGGCCUUUAUUGCCUAUCCAAAAGCUGUGUCUAUGAUGCCACUCCCAACUUUCUGGGCUAUCCUUUUUUUUAUUAUGCUUCUGUUGCUUGGCCUGGACAGCCAGUUUGUUGAAGUUGAAGGACAGAUCACAUCUUUAGUUGAUCUGUACCCAUCCUUCCUAAGGAAGGGUUACCGACGGGAAAUCUUCAUCGCUAUAAUAUGUUUCCUCAGCUAUCUUCUGGGACUAUCUAUGGUGACUGAAGGUGGCAUGUAUGUGUUUCAACUCUUUGACUACUAUGCAGCUAGUGGUGUAUGCCUUUUGUGGGUCGCAUUCUUUGAAUGCAUUGCUGUAGCCUGGGUUUAUGGCGCUGACAAAUUUUAUGAUGCCAUUGAAGAUAUGAUUGGUUACAGGCCUGGUCCCUGGAUGAAAUGGAGCUGGAUUCUAAUUACACCAAUUCUCUGUGUGGGGUGCUUUAUCUUUUCUUUGGCCAAGUAUACACCACUGACCUACAACAAAGUGUACAUCUAUCCUGAGUGGGCAAUCGGCCUGGGCUGGAUUCUUGCCCUUUCUUCUAUGAUCUGCAUCCCACUUGUUAUGGUUGUCCGCAUUUUACAGUCAGAUGGCUCUCUCAUUGAGAGGGUGAAGGCUGUGGCUGCCCCUCGUGAGAUAAGUGAGUGGGGCAGAGAAACAGAGAUUGUUACUCCAUUCUGCCCUUCUAGUGUGACCAACGGUGAUCUCAUCAAGCCAACUCAUAUCAUCGUGGAGACAAUGAUGUGAGCUCUCUCUCUCUAUGAGAGGAACCGCCUGCUUUAAAACUGCCGUUUACUAACCAUAGAAAUCUCUCAUAGGACCAGGUUUACAGAGCUUUAUAUUUGCACUAGGAUUUAUUUUUAUUUCUCACAGAGAACGUUAUUUUUUGUGUGUGUUUUGGUUUUUAUUUUUUAAUACUUUGUAAAGUAAAUCACAGCAGAUGCCUCUCACUCUAAUUAAGAGGCAGAGCUAUCAUAUCAAAUUAGGCACACUGCAGGAAUUUAUAGUUUUCCCCACACAACAUAUCUAACUAACUCCUACUCAUAACACCACCUUACCACUUGAGUUGAUUUUUCUCACCAGCAGUAUAAUACAGGCCACAGUCCUAUAUGUACACUUAUUUGAGAAUCUGCCCCUGAACCCAGUGGGACUUACUUCUGAGUAAAAAGGUAUAGGAUUCAACAGACACAUGCAUAUAUGAAUAUAUGCAUGUACAAGUUUCAGAUUUCUUUAGGUGCUGGUGUGGUUGGGAACAGGGUAAAAUAAAAACUUUAAAAAGCAACUCUCUCAUUGGAGAAAUUUGCUUUUUAAAAAAAAGAAAAAGAAAAAUGCAUAUAUUAUUAGAAGAAACUGGUUUUCAAAGGUAUAGCACUAUUUUCCUCUGGUUGAAAUGAGGAGAAUUUAAACAGGAAAGGGUACAUGCUUUUUUGUUUGCUAUGAUUUGUGUGUAUAAUUGGAAAAGCUGCAAUAUGGGUUAGGGAUUGGGAGCAGUUAGGAACCAAGGGAACAAUGCAAGCAACAGCCAUCUCUAGAGAACAGUUCUUACACAAACAACAUGUAAAAAUGUGGCAGAAUCGUUCUGGCUUGUGAGAUAUGUAGCCAGGUAAGAUCUCCUCAAGGGAGGCUCUGCUUCUUCUUACAUCAAAGGACUUCUCUCCUUAGUCAUUCAACUAGAUUUUGUAUCUGAUACCACAAGACUGGCAUCUUGUUAGUAAUAUGCACAAGCAUAAGUCCACUUUAUGCUUGUGUAUGUUUUUUUUUUCCUGGUCAAUGUAGAAGUUAGUAUUCUCUUUCUCCACAAUAUCCAAAGCCCCACCAGGACUCACAGCAGAGUUAUGAUAGCCUCAUCCCCAUGGCCGUUCUGUUAUCGCUGCAGAACAGAGGGAAUCAGAGAAGUAUCUGGCUAUGGGAACGUAGCCAGAAGCAGACCAAUUACAUGACCCACUGAUACCUCCUGAAGAUCUCAGUGGAAGGUAUGUUCCGUCUGCAUCUGAUUAUGGCAACAAAGACAGAUGGUUAUCUGAUCCCCUUCUGCUUUUCACCAGCAAUGGGGAUUAUCACAGUGCAAUUGUGAAUCCUGGGCAGAAUUCUCACACUACAUGUAGGAUCUUUGCUGACAAGUGUAUAUGUAGAUGUCUGAAAAAGCCCUGAGUACAGCUGGCUUACUCUUUAAGUUGACAUCACAGAAGGGUUUCUCUGUGAAAUCAGCAUAUCCCUGAACCCUUCUUACUGUAUGCAGAGACAUGAGAGUGACUUGAGUCAAGAACACAAUGUGGGAAUUGGCUUAUUUGUAAAAGGCUGUAUUUGAGAAAUUAACUGGUUUUCACUUGAUUUUCUUUGACUUUUAGGCUGGGGUCAAAGUAGGUAGAUACUGCAAAAGUGCUGUAUAAUUCAAAGUUCUGUUUUAAAUCACAAAUUUGCCGAAAUUUAUCAUUUAUCAGGACACAAAAAGGAGUGUUGGGCCUGUACCGUAAAAGUCAGUUAAGUCAGAUAUUGAUCAAAACCGACACAGAAGCAGAAGCUGUUAAAGACAAAGUGCUGAAGGACAACACGUGAGAGACAAGGAGUAUAGAAACAUAGAUUGCAGUCUUCACAGGCAUAAGCAGAGCCAUCAUUUCCUGAUUAAUACUGAGAUGAGGAAGUGCAAGGAGUUGAAGUAAGCUACAAAGGCAUUUUGGUUUGGAUGAGGCACGAAACACCUGGACAAGAUUUUCAUCAAUAGUCUAAAUUUUAAAAGCUUUCCCACUUCUAAAUAAUAAUUUUCUUCUGGAAAAUUUAAAUUUGGACAACCUGUGUUUUCUUUUUUAUUAUCCUCAAUUUUCUAUGUUGGAUAAAGGCUUUAGCCUUUCAUAUGGGCAUUGAUCUUGGGAUAUGCUUCUCCCCAUUUAAGUGAGUAUUGGCACCAAAUGGACAUGGUCAGGAUUAUAAACCAGAAGUGGAAGCAAAGCCUUUAUCUGUGCUAUUACUCCCUGGUUAACCUGUCAGUGACAGAUACUGUAGUUUAAACUGGAACCAAACCAGUAUUUGAAAACAUUCCUAAAUGUAUUUUAAGAAACCAACAAUUACUUUAAUAAAUAACAUGUCUUCUAUGCUUUCAGUGGCCACUGCAUGUUAGUUACAUACAAGCUUGCUAAAUUAUGUUAGUUUUUACAUAGCGUGGAAAUAGUGUUAAAUAAAAAGGACCAAAGCACAGCUAUUUGCAAGUGUCUUGUAUACAGAUACAUACAUUUAUAUAGUGAGUGGAGUCUGUGAUAUAUUUUAUAUGAAGGAAUUAAACUUUCAAUAUACACCAGUGGCAGAGAUCAGGGUGCUUUCUUUUUCCACUAACCAACCAACUGUGAGCUCAAAAUCAAACACUUCCAAGAUGAUGAUUAUCAUCAAAUCCCAGCCCAGUAGCAAAUCUUGCUGAAUUAUGGUUAAUGAAAAGGUUAACUCUGGAUAAGUAAGGACUUCAAGGGAAAGCUACUGUUUUCCAUUAAUUUUGUGAGGUGUGGAGGGCAUCUGUAAUCCAAACUCUUAAUGCAUUCUGAAGCAGGGCUCCAGUUUAAGUUAAUGAAGCAUAGCCAAAUCAGACUUGGCAAUCAUUCAUACGACUGAGAUGCAACAAAGUCAGUUCAGAAGCUGAUAUUAACUGUUAAUUUCCCUAACUUCCUCAGUGCAUUUUGCACUAAAGAUGCUGCAAUAUUUUGUUGAAUGAAGAAAGGAAUUAAAGAAUCUAAGAACAGCUGCUAAGCCAAAUGCAAAUGUCAAUCCAGGGGGGAUAUUGUAAACUAGCUUUCCUCAGUCUUGUCCAUCCUGGCUGUGAAUGAUGAGAGCUGUGUUCUACCAAAUCUAGAAUGUACCAGGGUAGGAAAGGCUGCUCCAAGUAAACAGUACGGGAAGAUAAACCAACCAGAGACUCAGUCCUGUACCUUUAGAGCUCCAGCUAAGAAAGCAGUGCCCAAGUAGGACCAGCCCUAUUGUUAGGCAGAGUGAGGCAGCCAAAUCAGGUGACAGAUACCAGGGGCAGUAACAACAGACACACAACCAUUACACUUUGUAGGAGGACAGAGCUGUACAUGCUGCAGAGCCUGUCCUGCGCCCCCUAAAUUAGUCUGCUGUCUUCUGCUGCAAAGGAGGAUGAUAACCCAUCUUCAUAGAUGAAAUAUAAUUCAGCUGCCAAUCCAUUUCACUUCUGUAAGUAAAAUGAGAUGGGUGCCAUGUUGCCUCAGACAGCUCAUUUUAAAGUUAAGUUGUGCCAUUAGAAUCUGUUGCUUCCAUGCUGACGUGAAAGGGUGUUGUGGUCAUGUACAUAGUGAUCUUAAGAAGUAUUCUGGCUAGUUAGCUUAAUGUGUGUGGGGUGGGGGCGGGGGUGUAAAGCCUGGAUCCCCUUGUCAUUUAACAUGAGCCCCUGUCAGUCAUCCCUAGGUUUUUCUUGUUUGUUUUAACAAGCACACAUUCACAUCACAAAAUAUCUGAAAAAUAGAAUGUGGUAACUCUUGAAUGUCUACAGAAGAUUCUGCCAAAUUAAAGGGCAAUGGGUGGGGGUGGGUUUGUGGGGGGCAGGUUGGGGUGGGAUGGGAAAACUGUAAACAACUGUUUGUAUUUUCUACUUAUUUAUGAUUGCAAAGAGACUGAUUUUUUUUCUAAUUUACUUUGUAGAAAUUUGUGGCCUAUUUUAUCUGUCAUUUGUAACUAAGAAGUUAAAUAUUCAGUAUUGUGACUAACUGUUGGUGAAAUGGUUUGGGUAUGGGGAGAUAUUGUUUGGGGGGGGAUGUGAGAGAGUUGUAGUAACCUAAAUGUUUAUUCAAAGAAAUAAUUGCAUGUCCAAAAAGAGUGGGGUGAUGGGGAGAGAAUGUGAACAUAAUUUUAAUGGUUGGCGGUUUCAGAAAAGUGUCAUGUUCCCUAAACUGUGUUCUGCAUUUGGUUGAAAUCAAAUAAUGUUAAGAAAGCAACUGGGAACAAAUGCUGAUGUCCAUUGAAAAUCAUUUGGGCAUACAUAUAUCCUUAGCCAGCAUUUUCAGAUCUAGCUCUGACAGAAGCAGUUUACAUUGUUUUACAGAAACUUAUAUCCUUCUCUUAAUCAAAUUUCAAAAAAUGUCAACAUUCAUUCAUUCUUAGCCGUGGUCUCACUGGAUCAUCAAUUACAAGUAUAUAUAUUAUUUAGAAUUAUAUAUAUUAUUUCUCAUCACAAAAAAUCUUUGUUCUUGAAUCUAGUCCAAACAAAUCCACAAGUCAGAAUACAAACUGAGAGAACGGUUUCCUAUUUGAAAUGGAACAGCUAAGCUGCUUUCAGUGCAGAUCUGCAGAAAUGGAUAGAGAAUAGAUAGCUCCCAGACAGGUAGUCUGUCAACACUGAUGGAAGAAAACUGGGAGCAUGAUUUGCUUAAAGAAUAAUAUUUUGGUUUACAUGGGGAAGCUAGUCAUGUUUGCCUUGAACAUGAACAUUACAUUCAGCAUUGGCCUGCGUAGCAUAGUAUUUGUACUCCCAAAAUUUAAUCAAGAAAAAAUUUUAAAGCAGCAAGAGAAAUGCUUUGUCUUGCAUUGCCUUUCCAUUUGCUAGUCAAAAGGAAACUGAACAGGUAUGCAGUUCUCUUGCUUUACUUGGGAAAACAUUAAUUCAUAGGUUUGAAUUAAGACCCAUUUUCCUUCUACCUAAUUUAAGCAUGCGGCUGCUACUGGCUAUAGAUUAUAAACCACAGUGGAUUUCCAUGUGGCUGAUGAAACUGUACUUAGCAGAAGAUCACACAUUUCAAAGACAAUCACAUUCUAACUAAAGAAUAAUAGUGAUCAAUCCAGGAUCAAAUGUAGGUUUUCUUCUCUAUGAGAGAAAGUAGAAGAAAAAAUCUUUUGAAACUAUGGAAACUCAAUUACCAUGAAUUACUUGAUUUUCCCAGGAAUCAUAUACUGUAGUCCCAUAAAAUAAAGACUGGGUUAAUCAUCCCUUAUGAGAUACCAAAUCCAGACACCACCACCCCCAUCAGUUGGCCAAAUAUGCAGUUCAGACAGUGUCUAAAUCUUCCUAAAUUUGUCCAGAGUACAGCCUUGGGCAGAAUUCAGAGCAUAGUAUGUAGAUUAAGGAUCACUGACCACCAGUGGACAACAAGGGUUUGAAUGCCAAUAGGACAUGACCUCAGUAGUCGUAUAUUGAUCUGUUGCAUCUGGAGUACUAAUCCUUUCGCAGGAGGCAUGAAAUUGUACAACCGCAUAUCUGGUUUACACUUUUUUUGUGUGUUUUCCACCUGCCUCUGUCGAACUCCCCUAUUCCCCUUUAAAAACAACUACUGAUAGCUUAGUCUGCAAUUCAGUUAAGCCAAAGUAUUGUGACUUCAGCUACUUCUGCCUCACUAAGUCCAGUGGCACUAAAUCUGCACAAAUCCAGACCUUGUAGCACAAUAGAGAUGCAAAGCAGACCAUUGGUUAUCCCUUUGUACUUUAUGGAACAGGAGGAGUACAAAAAACAUACCCAUGUGACAUGCAGGUCUUUGUAAGAAAAUAAAACAUGACCAUUCACUGUAAAUGGCUCCACUUUAAAAAUGGAAAUUCUGCAGACACAAUGCUAUCUAUAUCUAUUUACAGCUAGAUCUGAAAAUAAACAAGUUUUAUUUUAAAAAUCAGAACAAACAUGUAGCAUCUUUCUAGAACAGAAUGUGGCAAAGCAAAACCCAUUCUCUCCCUUGUCCUAAAAGCAUAUAUGUUUACAUUUCCCAUUUCCAAAAUAUACAGACCUCUAUCUCCUUAGUAGAGGCUUGAUUCAAAGAUGCUGCCCAUCACACAGACCUGCUCUUAAACAUACAUACUUGCAAGUAAGACACACCAAGUUAAGUGGGAUGUGCUUUCUAGUAUAUAUGUUUAGGAUUGCAGCCUGAAUCUUGUUUAUCUGGGGAUGGAGAUUAUGGAACCAAAUGAAAGUCUGAGAUAGUUCAUCAAUCUCUCCCUCCCAUCCACCCCCAGGCAAGGCAGUACAAUGCUCUGAUACCUUCACUGUUGUAAUAAAACACUGUUGUGUUGCUGUAUUGUGCUGUUGCAGUUGUGAAAGGAAUGCAAUUCCAGGAGCUUUGUGGUUGUAAAAUAAGACAGAGAACCUCUUUAUUCUACUGAAAACAUUGUUGAGCAGUUUUGAAUUUUUAUUUAAAUUCAUACUUGUGACUACUGACUGUAACAGGUAGCCACAUGGAUUUUAGAAGAUUUUAAAAGGAUUUGUCCUUUUAAAAUUAAUUUUUAAAAUAAUUUUUUUAAAAAAUACAUUUUAAACCGGUUUAUCAUCCUUACUGUUCCAAAAUGGAAUAUUUGUAUAGGAAUAAGAAUUUGGAGUGAACUUAAGCCCUGAAAAUUAGGUUUUUUGUGUGUAUACAGUAAAUGUUUGUACUUUGCAGUUUUAUCUGUUUUGCUUUUUAGAUAAAGAAAAUGUAUAUUUUAAGUCAUCUUUUUGCUUUUUUAGAUGAGUUUGUAAUCAUCGCAAACAAAAAAAUAAAAAAAAAUGUUUCCUUUAUAAAGUCAACAAA